UUGCUGCACACUACCACAUACAAAACACACCUUGUCUCUGCAGCUGCUUCAACAUGGCUGUAUUCUUUCGCUCUAGAGAGUCUGAGGUCGACUUUGAAGUUGGUGAAUAUGAGGAAUUCCCCAAAUCUGAACGCAAGGACACCACUGCCGACGAGACUCCAAAGUCAAAGUUUAUAUAUCUCAGAGUGGUUCUGGUGAGCUUUGGGCUGCUGUGUGUUCUUCAAGCAAUUCUCAACAUCAUUCUGAGACUUCCUCUGAGUCAGCCCACUGAUAAAGGUGAGACAGAGGUGGAGAGCUGCCCGCAGGACUGGUUGAUGUUUGGCUCCAGUUGUUACUACAUUUCCUCACAGGGGAGGACCUGGGACGACAGCCGUCGGUACUGUUUGCAGAGAGACGCUGACCUUGUCAUCAUCAACAGCAGACAGGAACAGGCUUUUCUCACUGGGUUCACCAUGGCUGCGUGGGUUGGGAUGACUGACAGAGUGAAGGAGGGAACUUGGAUCUGGGUGGAUGGAACACCAGUGAACAAAGACGGGUUGCAGUGGGCCCCUGGACAGCCUGAUGGAGCAUAUGGAGGAGAAGACUGUGGUGAUCUUCGUACAAUGAUGGAUUUCAUUGGUUUGAAUGACUUCAACUGUACUGCCAGAGCCCGGUGGAUCUGUGAGAAAAUACUGUCGUAGUCUUAAGUUAUAAUAUCUAGUUGAGUGAUGACAUUUUGCAAGCUUGAUGAGACCUAUGAAUUCAACUCUGGAACAUGAUGAUGUGACUCUCUGCCACACAAUACUCCCACACAUCUUCAACAACUUCCAAAAACUAUGUAUUUCAGUUAUCAUGGAUUAUUUUAUGUUCAAAUCCAUUUAGAAACUGAUUUUGGUGGAUAGUUUAGAAUAAAUGUAAUGUUCUCAGAACUGUCACUGUCAUCUACUUAUUAUCUACUGUAGCCUACUUGAAAUGACCUCUUUCUAACCAUCAUCAUGCACCGGUCAUCCCAAGAUGAACAGAGCUUCCAAAAUGGAAAUAUCUUUGCUGCAUUGUCACUGCAGACCCAGUCACACAAAGGGAUAUCUUCAUGCAGACAAAACUGACUUUGUCAAACUGUCUGGAGUCACAGGAAAUGUGUAACUUGUUUUCAUCAUUUCUUAUGCAGUAGUAAGACUAACAAAACAUUUGGCAAGAUGCUAUUUUGUGUUAGCUGCACCGAUCACAUCUACCACAGGCUGGAGCUAUAGUACAUACAAAAUCAUUUUUGGGGAGCUCCAAGCAGACAUUGCUUUUUUUCUGAAAAGUUUAGUAAUUAUAGUUGUCAGAUAAAUAUAGUGGAGUAAUAAGUCCAAUAUCUCCCUCUGAAAUGUAAUGUAUGUACUUCAAAAUUGUGCUUAAGUAUAGUACUUGAGCUAUACAUGUUGUGUAAACAGGAAACACUUUGUAAU